AUGCGGCGUACGUCAGUUUCGCUGCCUACUAAGCACGUAGCUCACGACCCGCACGAGAAGCCCGGCCGAUACGGACACGGCGUUCGAAACCACGGAUUAUUUGCCAGUUUAAAGGCCAUCUGGAUGUCUCAAGCACAGAAAGCCCGGUGGAUCAAGACAGCGGCGAUAGUAUUCGUCCUGCUGGCUUGCUUCUACUGGAUUUCUCCCAAGGGCGUCGAUCUCUACAAUGGUGCCGUCUCCGGUUCCGGGUCCGGAAACUCCCAGGGCCAGGUCCCCUCCGACUCGUCGUACGGAACGGAUCGAUGCACGCGCUCCAGCUCCAAGGAUAAGCCCAUCGUCCAAUAUGUCCUGAUGAUCGACGCCGGUAGCACUGGAUCCCGAAUCCACGUCUACAAGUUCAACAACUGCGGUCCUACCCCCGAGCUCGAGCACGAGGAGUUCAAGAUGACCGAGAAAGAGGUCGGCGGCCUCAGCAAGUAUAAGGACGACCCCGAGGCCGCUGCUCACACUCUUGACGCCCUUAUGGAGGUUGCCAUGCGCACUGUUCCCGAUAAGCUCAAGGCCUGCAGCCCCGUUGCCGUAAAGGCGACCGCUGGUCUUCGCAUGAUUGGUGCCGAGAGCGCGCAGAAGAUUCUCGAUACGGUUCGCACCCAUCUGGAGACCAAGUACCCGUUCCCCGUUGUCUCCAAGGAGGACCACGGUGUCGACAUCAUGGAUGGAUCUGACGAGGGUGUCUACGCUUGGAUCACUACCAACUACCUCCUUGGUAAGAUUGGCGGUCCGGAUAAGAGCCCCACUGCCGCCGUUUUCGACCUUGGCGGUGGUUCCACUCAGAUUGUCUUCGAGCCUACUUUCAAGGAGACUGCUCAUGGUGGCAUGCCCGAGAAGCUUGCUGAGGGCGACCACAAGUACGAGCUCUCUUUCGGAGGUCGUCAGUUCACCUUGUACCAGCACUCUCACCUUGGCUACGGCUUGAUGGCUGCUCGUGAAGCCGUUCACAAGGCCUUGGUUCACGGUAUUUACGAGGCCCAGGAGGAGGACAGCAACUGGAUGAAGAAGCCCGUUGUUCACCCCUGCAUUGCCCCCGGCAUGACCCGUGAGAUCACCGUCAAGAUGGGCGACGGCCACCCUCUCGGAGAGGCCGUAACCGUCAACAUGACCGGCCCCUCGCACCCCGCCCCCGCCCAGUGCAGGAACCUCGCCGAGCAGAUUCUCAACAAGGAGGCCUCUUGCACGCUCGCCCCUUGCUCCUUCAACGGCGUCCACCAGCCUCUCCUUUCCAAGACCUUCUCGAGCGAGGAUGUCUACAUCUUCUCCUAUUUCUACGACCGCACGAAACCCCUCGGCAUGCCCGACUCCUUCACCCUCCGCGAGAUGCACGACCUCACCAACAGCGUCUGCUCGGGUGAGGAGGGCUGGGAUGUCUUCUCCACCGUCCCCAAGGCUCUCGACGAGCUCCGCGAUAGGCCCGAGCACUGUCUCGACCUUAACUUUAUGAUGGCCCUCCUUCAUACCGGCUAUGAUAUGCCUAUUGAGCGUGAGGUCCGCAUUGCCAAGAAGAUUAAGGGCAAUGAAUUGGGUUGGUGUCUCGGCGCUAGUCUCCCUCUUCUUGAACCCGGUUCGGGAUGGAAGUGCAGGAUCACCGAGGUUCACUAA